AUGUCUGUAACAAGCGAGCCGACCCUUCACAGGGGCUGUCCGCCGAUCGCCCCUAAAACUCAGGCUUGGGUUGGUUACACUACGACGUGCUCAUCCGAGCCAUUUAUUUCGCUGUUCAACUAUCCUAUGUCCACCUUUAAUACCCUCGAGCCAUCACAUUCAACCAACAACGAGCCCCAGACUCUUCAACUUCCACAACCGGGGCAAGCGCUAGGGUCAGAUCGCACGAUUGGGGCUGGUGGAAUUUACAAUUACAAAGAAUACUACGAAGAAGAGCUUGCCGCUGAGCUCACAAACAACAUCCCAUCCCUCUUCCGCGAAUGGCAUACCUCGAACUUGUUGACGAUUGCAGGGCGUGGGAUUCCCGUGAAGCAUUGGGACAAGGUUUACAAGAAGAGGAGUGGGGUAGUUGAGACGGAUGCCUGGCAUGCAUUGAGGGUCGAGUGGGGCAACUGGAAGUUCUUGGCCGAGGAACGCGAUCGAUUUUCGUCUGAAGACGCGUUCUGGGACAAGUAUAGCAACGAGGAACGAGAGCGGCUGUCAUAUCAGCAGAUACUUGACAGGCUGCAGAAGGAUCGCACCUGGACUGAUGCCGCAGACUACGAUGCGGCGAUGAGGUACUUCGGAGGUGACCUAGGCCGCUCCGACACCCAAGGAGUGUUCCGAUACAAGAAGAGCGGGAAGUGGAGGAUCUGCGACAAGAAGCUCACGGUUGCGAAGAAAUGGCGAGCGUUGUUGGAGAAGGAUGAAACAAUCCGGGCGAACUGGGAAGCCAUGCAGGCUGCAAGCCCGUCGGAUUGA